AUGACUUCGAUCUUACGACUGAGUAAGGACCGCCCGACAUUUUUAUUUCGACGGCAGAACCAGGAUACCCAUGUAGACACCUCUUCCGCAACGCUUGACCAUCGCCUUCCCGAUAUCUCUCCAGUCGACACUCGAUCAUUUGCAGACCUUUUCGACCAGUUCAAGGGCCAGGAGCAAUAUGGGGACGACUCUCUGGAUCAGCGACCGUCAAGUCCUAAGGAACCUUUAAAAGCCAAAGCAGACCGAGCCAACCUCAACAUCAACAGAAAUGAUUCGACAACGUCGUCUUGUUACUCGCAGCCGAGUCAGCGAGAGAGCGAAUAUUCGCCUUUCGUCACCAGGCAUUCCUCUAGUACUAGCUACACCCAGGAUGAUCCAUUCGCAGUAUCGAGGUCUCCUUCGGCAAAGACGGCGAUCAAAGGUGCUGGCAAAGGACCUGCCAGACCGGUACUGGCAAACUUGGGCAACUCGGGAACAGGCGGCUAUGGCUCCCGCUCGACAACCAAUUCAUCAACUUUAAAUCUUGACAAACCGCUUCCACCAGGUCCGUUGGAGGGAGCAGCGGGUUCGAAGUCGGCCCCAGAUCUCCGUCUCCCACACCCACAACAGGUUGCAGAGCUGCCAUCAGAACCGGCAUUACCAACGAAAUUUCCGUCGGCGCCUGCCGCUGUUCAGAGCACAUCUUCUGGAAUGGGGAGGAUGGUCUCUACGCGAUCCACCUCUGGCGACGAAGCCUUGGCUCAGCUCCAAUCUUGGUCAACAAGACCGGCUUGGGGCUCGCAAUCAGGAAAGGGACUGUCCCAAAGCCAUCGACGCCAUCGUUCGGCCUCCGAGACCGCUGUGAGACAAGGCGAGCCCCUUCGGAAGGAGCAGAACAGGCGGAGUAGCGUGGAUACGGCGAGUUUAAUGUCCAGAGCACAACGCUCAGCGCGACAGAAGACGUAUUUGAGACAACAUUAUAAGCCCAUCACGGCGGCAACGGCCGAGCGUGUGAUCUACAAAAUCAUGUGCAAUCUACACAGUAUCCGGGAUCUGGAAUCGACGGCCAUGGUCAGCAAAGGAUUUCUGCGGACAUUUCAACGCAACCAAUCGAGCAUUGUCAGUCAUUUGAUUUUCAAGAUCUCUAAACCAGCAUGGGAGCGUCGAAGGCAUGCACUUGCCUUGAAAGGAUCGAAAAGUUUUGUUUUGAAAGAGUACCAGCGGGAUUGCAACAUUCUCAAUGCUUUGAAAGCCUAUAUCGUAGCACAUUGCAGCCCGAUCUGCAGACCCGGUACGCUUGCUGGCCUCUUGGAUCAAGACGACAGGCGAAAAGAGGAAGUCGACAAUGCAUUGUGGCGUAUCUGGACAUUCUGCACACUGUUUGGCAACACAAUGGGACAGGAACAAGCUGAAGUGGCCCAGGUGGAAAUCUAUUGGCUAAACGGCAGCAAAAGCAUCAACAACGAACACCUUGGUCCUGGUUUCUCUAUCGGCAACGGACAGGGACUGGGGAUCCAAGAGCUCGAGGACAUGAACGAGAUGUGGCAGUGUUUACGACAGCUGGUUUCAGGCUUCGGAGGCAGAGAAGAAGAGGCCAAGCAGUAUGGCGUUUUUGAAAACUUGAAUUGCCACUUACCGGAUCCAAUAUCUGAACACCAACACCUGAACGAAUGGAUCUCCUAUUUGCUUGCUCUCGGACCACAGACAGUCCUUUCCGUGUCUUCAUGCUCAUUCGAGCGGGCGAAGAUGCUCGGUCUGACGAAUUGGCCCGCGCCACCCGCUGGCAAGAGCCGGUCGAACUUCUUGGUGGGAGCCAUCACACAAGUGUACCAAGAAAGAGUGCUCGAAGAGGCCACGAUCAAUGCCGCUCGGUUUCCUGUCCCAGCACGUUCUGCUCAUCGGCCCAGUCGAUCGUCCGAUGAGCGGCGCCGACCGAGUACUUCGCAUAAUCGCCCAUCCACGAGCCAGCAGCCACAGUCUUUACGGAUCGACACUUCCUACGGCAAAAGACGGCCCGUUUCGUUCGACGCCCUUGGAAACUCCAAGCUGGAGAUACGACCCGACUGCGACCCAGCUAACAACCAACCUCAGUCGGCGUCACACAUGUUCACAGCUUCGCCAACUGCAGAUCCCACUCAAUUUUAUGCCCUGAAUAUGGCCUCGACAGUCGGCACCAGACUUGGAGCAACAUUGUUCCCAGUGGACUAUGCCAGCCCGGCUCCAAGAGUGCCCUUCCCAGCUCCCCAACGCGCAGCAGCGACCAUAACGGAGGUAAUCGAUCCAGUGGACAAAGCAAUGGCGUUGUUAGUCCACGAACUUGGAUUUGACGAGACAAGAGCCAGAAGGGCGCUUGCAAUGUGUGACACUGGUUCCGGGAUCGACCUGCAAAAAGCUAUUGAGUUGUUAGAAAUCGACUCCAAAGACUCGAGCCAGAAGUUUUGUUCUCCCGUGGAACUGCCUACGCCUGUUCAGAUGACCAGUAGCUCAGCGUCACCAAAAACCCAGCUCCAGAAGCAAAAGUCAAAGACUUAUUGCGACGGCCAGUGCAAACGAACGGGCACAGCCACCGUAUUACAUUCACGCAGCCAAUCAGCCGGAGCUAUAACUGACAACAUUUCAAUCAGUCCGAUUUCUAUUUCUGUGUCUGGAAGCGGCAACGAUGAAAAUGAAUUGCAGGAUAAAAUCUCGCCCCUGGCAUCAGUGCCAGCCUCACCAAUGUCGGCGACACGUCCGAGGUCGACCAUGAUGCAUCGUGGCCUUACUAGCAGGGGAUCAAGUAAGACAUGGAGAGUCCUCGGAAUGGAAAACAUGCUCAGACGGAAGCACUCUGUGCUGGGUAUCGACGAGUACCAGGCCAAAGUGGAGCGAAGACGGAGCAUGCGUGCAGGUAUUACCGGAAUGGGAAUUGGGAUGGGGAACAAUAACAACAACGAACAAAAAGAUCCUAGAGUCAAAGAUGGUUUGAGCAGGAAUUUGCUUGGUCUCGGUCUUGCAAUUGGGAGUGCUACGGCGUCAAAGGCGGCCGAGGGACAGAUUCGAGACCAGGAGGGCCGCAAAAGGGACAAGACUGGUGGCAUGAUCAGUAUGCCCCCGUAG